AUGAAUGUGUGAGUUUAAUUUUUAAAAAAACUUCUUUACUUAUCCUUUUCUCACGGAAAAUUCAGGUUUUACGAGUUCUUCUAUUAGCUGCUUGUAUACUAAUUUUAAUAAUGGUAAGAUUUAUUUUCAGUUAUAUUUUCAGUUUUCCAAUUAUUUCAGAUUUUCAAAAAAUCAUGUAAUCAAUCUUCUAAAGAAAAAACAAUACUAGAAACUGUUUUCGAGAGUAGAAAUAUAUUAAUGUGAGAACUUUCAUCGAAUUCUUCUCGGAAGUCAACUAAAUAAUUAAGGGACACAUUUUGUACUGGAAAAAGCUGUUUUUAUGUUUACGAUAGAUUAUGUCAAUUUGAAAAUAGGUAAUAUUAAAUGAUCCUCUUUUCAAUCCUCAAAUGAACAUUUUGAAGUUCAUUUUUCGUGGUUCGUCUAACAACACCAGAAAAAUCACUCAAAAAAGGCUUCACUGGAAUUGCUAUUCUAAAAACACCAAUUCCGUUGAAUGAAAAUAAUAAAAAUACUCGAAAUUGGGAAAUAAAUAGAGAUUUGAUAUCAAAUGGAACAGUUGUUGGAUUUCAGUUAGGUAUUUUAUUAUUAUAAUCAUUUUUCUUAAUCCAUGAACUAAUAAAACAGAAAAAUCGAUAUCGUCAGGAUUAUUUCCAUUACCAAAUGACAAUAAAAAGAUUAUGAUAAUUGGAGUAGCAACUGGUAUUCUUCAAACAUUUUUAGCUCAGCAAUUUCCAAAAGUGAGUGACAGCUUUUAUCGAUUAAUGAUAGAAUGUAUUUCUAGAUGGUUAUCGAAGGAAUUGAUAUAGAUCCAAAUAGCAUAGAAUUAUCGAAAAAAUGGUAUGGAUUUGAAGAAAAUGAGAGGAAUCAAAUAAUUAUUGAUAAUGCACAGAACUAUUUAGAAGGAAUAUCUUCGAAAAAUGAGAAAAAAUACAAAGCAAUUCUCAGCACUUGCAGAUGUAGCUAA